GAGUAAAAAGUUUUUUUUUUGGAGGACCACAAAUUGUUUGAUGGAGUUUCCUCUACCUCUCCUUUCCAGACAGCAUGGGAGCAAGUUAUAGAAAAACGAAUACUGAUCCUUGUAGUGAAAGUCAAAUUUAGCAAUUCAUAUUCUCAUCCAAUUCUACGUGUCUUCAGCCUUUUCUUUAACAAAGGAGAAGAUGUGAUGAGGCAUCUGUAAAAGACCAUUUGAGGGAGACAGAGAGGCCAAGGACAAUGCUGACAGUUACACGGGAGGGACAGACCAAGAUACCAGACAAGUGACAAGGACCACUGUCUACUCUGUGUAAGCCCUACUAUAAAUACAAGGCGUGGCCAUGGCAUGAAGCUGCCAAUUACUUGUCGUUGACGUAUAAGAAUUUUGCCCACUUCCUUUACAAAGAAAAGCAAGGAUGGAUAGAAAUCGCUUACAACACCAAGCUGCUUGCAUGAGAAGGUCCCUCUUCGAUCAGGGUUAUCUUGACGAGCCAUUCAUCCAGCUGGAGGAGUUGCAAGAUGAUGCCAACCCCAACUUCGUACAAGAAAUUGUCACACUAUUCUACACUGAUUCGGCAAGGUUGAUUCAGAACAUCGAACAUGCACUGAGCACUAGGCCUACUGACUUUAAUAAGCUGGAUGAUUACAUGCACCAGUUCAAGGGAAGCAGCUCUAGCAUUGGAGCAAAGAAGGUGACGGAUGAAUGCACUGUUUUCGGAGAAUACUGCAGUGCUGAAAACGCUGAAGGGUGCAUCAGGAGUUUUCAACAGGUGAACCAAGAGUAUGUGAUCUUAAGGAGGAAGCUGGAAGUUUAUCUUCAGAUGGCGAAACAAGCUGCAGUUUCUCGAACAGCAUGACCUGCAUGCCCCAUCAAUGGAAAUAUAUACUGAUAUACAUAUACAUAUACAUAU